CUCACAUGGGCUGGCAGAAUGCAUUAAAGCAUGAAACUUCUGUCAAACAAACACAAUCUGUGAUAGACACCUAAAGUAAUGUUGUUUAUGUGAUGUGAGGGAUAUUUCCUUCAUGACUGAAGCUGUGUUUCAAGCGCCUAAACGGCGAGCGAAGAUCUAUGAAUCAUUUGAAGCUCCUCUUCCCAUCAGAGAAGAUGAAGAUCACAUCAUAUACAGAGCAGAAAUCAUCAAUCAUCAUGUCAUAGUGAAACAUCCUCUUCACAUACAAGCUUUGUAUGACAGGGGUUAUUUUGGUAAAGGAGUAUUUUCUAGGUCCAGGCCUGAACACAGGAUCUCUCAACAAUGGAAAUGUAUUGGCGACAGGUAUCUUCCUGUGAUAACAGCAUCAGAGUAUCAGAAACGUGUGAGCUGGGCGCGGGCCGCUCUCUUUAUGCAGGGUUUGGAUGAUGAAGCUGUCAGUCAUGCACUGCAGACCCUCACAAAACCUGUGGAGCUUGAUAUCGGUGAAGAACAUGACCCAGAACCCAUCAAUUCUCAAGCAGGACAUUUCGAUGGGUCAUCGGUGGACCACUUAAUGGAUUGCACGUCUGGUGACGCAGAUCGAAAUGAUGAAAACGCUGACGUGGUCCAGACUGACACUAUAAAGCCUCAACGACAAGGAAACCCACGUUAUGAUCCAUUGGCUGAACUCUGUCCUGAUGAACCUGAAGCACUGACUGAAGAAAAUGAGGAUUCAAGAGUGAAUGUGAAGUGCAAACGACAUGAUGAUUGGAUCAUUCAUUGUGGCUGUAGAGCGGAUGAUAACCAAUCACUGAGUUCAAAGCAUCGAGUACCAGACGCUGACCCUUCUGAUGGUUAUGAAUAUGUUUUGGUGGAGAAAGCUGAAGAUGAUCACGAGAACUGCACCAAGGACAACGUCUCAGUUGAUGGAUGUGGGAGGUUGGAGUGUAGGAUAAACCCUUUCAGCAUGAUGGAGUACCUGCAGCUCACUUAUGAAGAAGCUUUUUUCCUGGUUUAUGGACUUGGAUGCCUGUCAGUUUAUUACAGUGGGGAGCCUCUAUCGAUUCUUGAGGUUUGGUCGAUGUUCCGCUCAGUCCAGCCCAACUUCUCAAUCACCUACGCGGCCUAUCACUAUUUCCGUGCCAAAGGCUGGGUGCCGAAGACGGGAGUUAAAUAUGGAACUGAUUUAAUGCUGUACCGAAAAGGACCACCGUUUUAUCAUGCAAGUUAUUCAGUGGUGGUGGAUAGAGCAGAUGAUUCAUUCACAGGGUCGGCCCUGCGGCCCUUCACAUGGAGAUCUCUCGCUGCUCUGAGCAGAAUCACUGGCAAUGUUUCAAAGGAACUGAUGCUCUGCUACGUCAUCACACCGUCAGAAGACAUGUUCUCAUCUCCAGAAUGUCUGAAAAGGCUCACAGUACAGGAGGUCAUCGUGAGCAGAUGGGUCUCCUCUAAAGAGCGAACCGAGCAGGAUGAACUCUAAAUAAGCCAGCAUUCCUCUCUCCAUUCCAUCAAUAUUUAUUGUGAAGUGGAA